AAUUUUAUUAUUAAUUAUUAUUAUUAUUAAUUAAUAAUAUAAUUAUUAUUAAUAUUAAUAAAUAAUAUAAUAAAUAAGUUUUCAAAUAACAACAUUUAAAUUUAUUUUGUAAAAAUUACUUUUCAAUUGAGCAACCCAUCCCUGACUAUUUAAAGCGGGAAAAUUUUUAAAAUUGACAGUUUUGUUUAUAUCAACUGUUUUGACAUUUUUGUUUUGUAUCAUUUAUCUUCUUGUUCUUUUUUUUUUAAUUAAAACUGCAAUGCUCCAAAGAUCACGAAUAUUUCCAAGUCUAAUUGGAUUCCUCUUACUUAACCUCCAGGUUUUCAAGACAAGUUUCACUUUGAAUAUGAUUGAAUUUCCAGAAAUAAAUUAUUUGGCGAGUAAAUUAACACCAAGUGAAUGUUUUCAAUUGUAUAACGUGUCUCGAGGUCGUCAUUUAAAGGUUGAAACACUAAAUUUUAUACAAAGAAAAAGUUAUACAAUUCCAUGUGUAACACUGCUUUCCACUUGGUUAACGGAUAUAGACGAAUUGAAUUUAACCAAUAUUGACAAUGUUAAUUUAAAACUUAAAGAAAUUGGAAGAGAAGAUUUGUCUCUUCAACUUAAUCGCAACUUACUUUAUCGAAGAAAUAAAACUGAUUCCUCAGGAGCCAAGGAUUUGGAAACGGAACGAAAUUAUUGUGGAAAUGAAGAAAAUGAAGAGGAAUAUUGUCUGUGUACCGAUAAACUUAAAGAAACUUCUUUUGAAGAUUAUUGUACAAACAAAAAGGAAUCAUCAAAUUUUCAAAAAGUUACAAAUUUUUUUAAAGAGUACUUCAAUAAUCGCAAUGAAAAAAAGAAGGAAAAAUUACGUUAUCAAAGAUUUCAGAAAUUAAAAAAAAAAUUACAGCAGAAAAUGUAUUUGGAGCAACGUAAAGAAAUACGAGUAAAUCGACAGGAGGAAAAAAUUUUAAAUUCUUUAACAGAAAAAGAAAGAGAUGAACUUGGUGAAACAAUUUGUGAGAUGAGAUUUUUUCUCGACUCUGACAAGGAAACGGAAAAAUUACUUUUAUCAGGAAAACGUUCAGGGACAUUUAUAAUUGAUAUGAAAAAUCUUCAUCGACCAAAAAUUACACAUUCUCAUGUAACAAGUCAAGGAUCUAAAAAUUGUGAAUCUAGAGAAAAAUUUUCAAAUUUGUCAAUUGUUUCGCCACCAAAAACAUGUUCUGAAUGUGAAAUCGCAAAAAAUGAUCGUGAAAAGAAAAAUUGUAGAAAAACAAAAAAUCGUAGAAGAGAUUUGAAAAAUGAAAGAGGGACAAAAAAUUCGAAACUCAUUGAAUUGGAAGAAACUAGCGAAUUUAUCAAAUACUACACAAUAUCAGAAUCUGAACAAUGUUCAUCACCAAUUAUGAAACGAGAUGAAAGAUAUGAAUCAGAUCAAAAGACAAAUUUUUCCACAUCAGACGGAAGUGAAAUGCAAAUGUUUUGUUGUGAAAAAUAUCAAAAAUCAAAUAAAAUCCAAUCAGAUAUAGACAGUCGUAAAAAAAAUUCCACGAAUAUAAUUAAAUCAAAAUCAAUGAUCGAAUUGGAAUUUACUAAAUUAAAUAAAUUAUCAAUUGAAAAAGAGAAUUCAAAAACUAAUAAUAUCAAUCAAAGUGAUUUCAUUAAUAAAACACUUUCGGAAUUAAAAAAAAUAAAUUCAAAUUCUCUUUCGAUUGCCGCAUGCAAGAGUAGGAGAAAUUUUGAAAAAUCAAAUGAAAAUUUACAAAUUUUUGAAAAUUUAGAACGUGGCGACACUGAAUCGCAAUUAGAUUUUCGCAAAACUUGCGAUGAAUUGAGUUUACUUGUUUCACAACAAAUGAAAUAUCAAUCAUAUCCUUGUCAGCGUAAAUAUUGCCUACUGCGAAGACAUUUAAGACAACGAUCACAUGAUUUAAAACAAUGUCAAUUUAAAAAUUAUUUUCAAUAUUAUUUAAAUGACGAUGCACCAUCUUGUGGAGCGAGUCGAAUUUGUCGUGACACAUAUGAUGAAUUUAAAAUGAUGCGAGCAACGCCACGUGAAAAAAAACGAAUUAGAGAAUCAAUUUAUAAAAGAAGAAAAGAAUUUUUAGACCAACCUUGUUUUUCGCCAAAGAAAAAGUGCUUGAAUUCUCCAAUUGGAAUAAUGUAAUUUUUUUUUUUAAAUAAAUAUAUUUUGAUUAUUA